CACACAACAUAUCUCACUCCUCACAAAAGCAAGAAUUCAGCAAAUACAGAAGCCAGAGAUCAUAACAACAAAUAAGGAUGAAAGGGGUUCCUAAUUUCGUUGUAACUUUGUCACUGAUGGCCUUGGCAUGCUCCGUUGCCACUGCCUAUGAUCCUGCUCCUCUGCAAGACUUUUGUGUUGCUGUUAACAGUUCCACUCAGGCUGUAUUUGUGAAUGGAAAGUUUUGCAAGGACCCAAACCUUGUCACUGCUAGUGAUUUCUUCUUUCAAGGAUUAAACAUUCCCAGAAACACUGCAAAUCAACUUGGGUCGAAUGUCACUCUUUUGACUGUGGACAACAUAUUUGGCCUCAAUACACUAGGUAUAUCCUUAGCUCGCUUAGACUUUGCACCGUACGGCGUAAAUCAACCCCAUUUGCAUCCUCGUGCCUCAGAGAUUUUAGUAGUCUUACAGGGUACUUUGUACGUUGGCUUUAUCACUUCCAACCCGGAUAACCGCCUCAUCACCAAGACUCUAAACGCGGGAGACGUCUUCGUCUUCCCAAUUGGUCACAUUCACUUCCAGUUUAAUGUAAGAAAUACCAAUGCUGUUGCUUUUGCCGGUCUUGGUAGCCAGAAUCCUGGGCGCACCGACAUAGCAGAGAAUAUCUUUGGAGCCAAUCCACCUAUCAAUCCGGAUGUUCUUACCAAGGCCUUCCAAUUGGACAAGAAUGUGGUUGAGUCUCUUCAGAAAAAAUUCGCGAGUUAGAGAACUAUAUUUAAUAGCCACAAUGAAUCGUUAGAUGUGGUUUGAAUAAAGUUCUCCCUGUUUAAUUUAGCUCACAUGUUGUAAUGUCAUAACAAUAUAUAAAUGUAAUGAAAUAAAAUGGUUAUGAGUGCAAGCUUUUAAAAUGAA